AUGUUUGUGGCUCGGCCUUCCACCAAGGAUGAUGACUGGGAAUUCAAAAAGGCUAAGAAGGAAGCCUCACCAGUGUUGGGCUUCUCGAACGAAGAUAAGACCGGAACCAUCCAACCCCAUGAUGAUGCCCUAGUAGUCACACUCAAAAUAGGGGGAUAUGAUGUGAAGAGGGUGCUGGUAGAUUGGGGCAGUGCUGUGGAGGUGAUGUACCCCGACCUAUACAAGGGGAUGAACCUAAAACCCGAGGACCUAAUGCCAUACGACUCCCUUCUAGUAAGUUUCGAGGGAAAGACCGUAAUUCCAAGGGGCCAGAUCAGACUGCCCAUACAAACCGGUUCGGAUGUGGUCAAGGUGAAUUUCAUUGUAGUUGACGCUUAUUCACCCUACACAGCUAUUGUGGCUAGACCUUGGCUUCAUGCCUUAGGAUCUGUCUCUUCUACCCUACACCAAAAAGUAAAGUAUCCAUCAGAGGGCCAGGUUAAAGAGAUUGUAAGGAAUCAGACUAUGGCUAGACAAUGCAUGGUGACUGCCAUCUCACGCCAACCCAAUGUUGAAUCCUUGGCUUCCGCUGAAAGGGGCUUAUAG